AUGAUCAAGGGAGGUAAGCAAAGGGAUACCCGGAAGUGCACAAGUGCACACCGCUCCACAAUGACGUUAUUAAAUCCACAGCCUCUGUAUAGACGCGGAGACGUCAUAACAGUGGAGAUCAACACUUACAAUCAUUACGGAGAGAAGCAAACAGUUGGCGGCGAUUUCUUUAGAUUAUGGAUGGAAAACACAGAGGACAAAGUUGCAGUUGCUGGAGACGUCUUCGACAACAACAACGGCAGCUACACCGGGUUUCUCAGAGUCCAGUGGUCAGGCAUGGGAAGGAUCCGCUGCUUUCUUGAGCGUCGUAGGGAGGAACUAGCGAUGUUCUAUUCCAUCAUGGCUGAACAUGGAACGCUGUGGCAGCUGAAACGGGAGUUCGUAUGGGGCUUCUUGGUGAAAGAGAGUACGAGCUGCAGCAUGUUACGGAACCGCCUAGGAGACAUCUGCAACUUUACUUCUCUAAAUGACGGUUUCCCGUGGUACUGUGAAAAGCCGAAGAAUUCACUCCUUAACUGCGACACCUACAGUAAGUCCUGGUCCCUGUUUGGAGCAGAAUAUCUCCCGAAGGAAAAUCAGCAACGUGACAUAUACUAUUUAUCAUCUAAACCAGACAAUGACUUCCUUCUGUCCACCUUACAAAUAACAAGCGAAAUGGAAACUGGGAAUAAAAAGGUGGACACGCCUAAAACGCCCUGCAGUCAACUUUCGCCAAAGUAUACCUGGCAACGCAAGCAUCCUGUUGGAGUUAUUCACAGAACUAAGUGGAAACCCACGCUGUGUUUGGACACCCUAGAAUCUACAGCCCGGGCAUAUCGACAGUGUUUAAGGAACCGACGACUUUGGAUCCCCGGGGACUCAACCAGUCGUCAAUUCAAGGCAUCCCUUCACGACACACUUAACCUACCACGCCCCUCCAAUGAUCACAAUCCUCAACUCUUGGAGGACAAGCAAGACAAUUUCUCAGUGGCAUGGUUUGCUCAUGAAUUCCCGCUGUUUCACGGAUCCGGGCGCUACUCUUCAUUAACAAACAGGGCACAACAUAUUCUUCUUGAAUCUUUGCCCAAUAACACAGUGGAUAUUGUGGUGCUGUAUUUAUAUGUCCACUUCAAUUUAGUCCACCCGGACAUAUACCGCCAACAUGUUCAGCGACUUGUUCGGGCAGCUACGUCUCUCCUUCAACGGGCACCUGGUGUCACACUUGCUGUUCGAGGACCCUUUGCUUAUUACAGGAAUCCGUCUCAAGAGCUUGUGUCCUAUUGGGGACUGCUAUAUACAGAUGUAUUGCAUGAGGAGUUCUCAUCUAUUGCACACCGAGUGGUGUAUAUAGACUACUGGGAUAUGACGGUGGCCUUGGGCCCAAACCACAUUCAUCCAGAUACAUCAACGGUUAGAACUAUGGUUCACUAUAUGAUGUCUCUUCUCUGUCAUAGACGGGUGGGGAAUACGACUUAA